AUGACUAAUCAGUCCUACGCCGAGUUUGUAGAGCACUGCGUGUAUCGCAACCCAUGCAUAUCGGGACUUUCUCAGCACCUCAACAAGCCAGCAAAUGGCUCAAGUCGGAUCAUCUUCAUUGACUUUCCAGGAGACCAGGCCAACCAAGGGUCUAUAAAACCAAUAUCAGCAACAGUGCAGCAGUGCGUUCAAUUAACGACCACCAUUCCCUCCAACGUCACCCGGCUUCUAUUCAUCGAGAACAUUACUCCCGCUAUCAUCAAACAAAUAGGGCCAGCUUUAGACAUCGAUCCCUUAUUCUUUGCGGAUUAUAUUGUCACCGACUUCAAAGAUUUAGAAAAGCAACCACCACCGCCGGCGCUGGCGAUUCUGCCAUCUCUAGCGUCAGAAAAACCCUAUUUACACCUGCAUUACCAACAGAUAUUGGACUUAGGUCGUUCUGACUUGUUCAAAGACAGUUCUUAUGCACUAAAGACUGACUCAAACGUUCCACGCAAUGUCCGCCGUUUGGCUCCUUUAUCAGGUACACAACUCGCUCUUGCCCGUUCAAGCUGUUCAGCUUUCUUCAAGUCGACCGGAAGCUCCUCCAUCGGUUUGUUCCUCGUUGACCGGCCUAUUACCUAUGUGCUCGAGACAUCUGGGCCCAAUCAGUAUAUCAAGCAUCAGGCCAAAACCUUGUAUUCAGGAUUUGAGGACUUUCAGCCCUCACAGUCCUUCUCGUCUUACAGAAAUGGCCAGAUCGAUCCGAAUUGGGACAAGUCAUCGAUGCUUGACAGUUUGGUUCACUAUUUCUCUACACAACGGGCUCUUUGCCAGCCCAGUGUACUUAGUAUCAGCUACUAUCCUAUCCGAACUGUUCUUUCAGAGUGGAACUUGUACAUCCAUUUAACAAGCCGCUUCUCCAAGUACUAUGAGUACUCUCUCCGGAGUAUGGAAGCCCGGCUACAUGACGAGGAUAUAGUUGACCUUCAACGAUGGCGCCGUCGCUGCAAGCAAAGCCGGCAUAAACUGGGGCUUCUUUCAGAGUAUGUGAGUCGAUGGGGAGAACAUGAAAGCGAUAGACAGAAAUGGGUCUCAGUUCAGAAGGAUAUUUAUUAUCUACGAGAGCAAUUGCAGGACUAUGGACAAUCUCUGGAACAGAUGGUAUCUAUAGCCACGUCCAUGGUCCAACUUCUCGAUUCCCGCCGCUCUAUCAUUGAAGCUCGUUGA